AAACCAAACCCAGCUCAGGCACAACCCCAACGCACCGCCGCCGCUCGCCUGGCCUCACCUCGCCGGAGAAGAGUUAUAAGACAGGAGAACCCCGUCCCCGGGGCGCAGGCCUCGGCAGCUUCCGUGACCACCGCCCAAUCCUGCCACAGCUGCCCUCCCUCCUCCCCUCUGGGCGUGGCCGAGUUGUAGGCAUCACGGCUAGCGUUGCAGCCCCCCGGCGCGGCCCCGCAGCUGCGCAGGUGGAGCCCACGGGCACCAUCGCCUCCGCUGUCGCGUCCAGCCCCGCUCCGCACGGCGGCCGCGGGGCGCUGCCCUCGGCCGGAGGAAGCCCGUCCGAUCUCCUCUUCCUCGCCGGCGGCGGUCGCCUCUGAGCCGUUCCUGUCUCUCACCUUCUUCCUUUCCUAGCAAUUAGUCCCUUCUGCUAACCCCCCCGGACCCCGACGAGUUCUCACCCCGAGAGUAACUGACCGACCUACCGGCAUGGAGAUGAAGCUGACCAUCAGGAGGGUGCCCACCGUCGUCUCCAACUACCAGGAGGACGCCGACAAGCCGCGCGCGGGCUGCGGGAGGAACUGCCUCGGCGACUGCUGCCUGCCUGCUUCCAAGCUUCCCCUCUACGCGUUCAAGUUGACUCCGGCAAAGGGCUCGCAGGAGGAUGCUGCUUCAACCAAGUUACUUGUUGAUAUUCUCCUUAGUGAGGGCUUGUUUGGGACCAAGGGAUUUGGAGGGGAUUGAAGAGGCUAAAAUCCUCUACGCGUUCAAGUUGACUCCGGCAAAGGGCUCGCAGGAGGAUGCUGCUUCAACCAAGUUACUUGUUGAUAUCCUCCUUAGUGAGUGGGAGGACAGGAUGACUCGAGGCUUAUUCCGCUACGAUGUCACUGCCUGUGAGACCAAGGUCAUUCCUGGCAACCUUGGGUUUGUUGCACAACUCAAUGAAGGGCGCCAUCUUAAGAAGCGCCCUACUGAGUUUCGUGUGGACCGUGUGCUCCAGCCGUUUGACCCUGCCAAAUUCAAUUUCACAAAAGUUGGCCAGGAAGAGGUUCUCUUCCAAUUUGAGAAUAGUGGUGGUGAUGACAGCUAUUUCCUGAACAACGCUCCAAUCAUUGCUGUUGAUCGGGCUCCAAAUGUUAUUGCUAUCAAUGUAAGCCCAAUUGAAUAUGGACAUGUGCUUCUCAUUCCUCGUGUUCUGGACCGCCUGCCUCAGAGGAUUGAUCCAGAGAGCUUCUUGCUUGCACUGCAAAUGGCAGCCGAGGGAGGUAGCCCAUACUUCAGGCUUGGUUACAAUAGCUUGGGUGCGUUUGCCACCAUCAAUCACCUCCACUUUCAGGCGUACUACUUGUCAGUGCCUUUCCCUGUUGAGAAGGCAGCUACCCACAAGAUCCCACUCUCUGAGGACACGAAGAAGAAUGGGGUGACCGUGUCCAAGCUGAUAAAUUAUCCUGUGAGAGGCCUGGUAUUUGAGGGAGGGAACACCCUGGACGACCUGGCCACUGUGGUUUCUAAUGCUUGCAUUUGGCUGCAAGACAACAAUGUGCCUUACAAUGUGCUCAUUUCUGACUGUGGCAAGAGGGUUUUCCUGUUCCCCCAGUGCUACGCAGAGAAGCAGGCUCUGGGUGAAGUGAGCCAGGAGCUGCUGGACACUCAGGUGAACCCAGCUGUGUGGGAGAUCAGUGGACACAUGGUGCUGAAACGGAGGAUGGACUAUGAGGAGGCAUCUGAAACCUCCGCGUGGAAACUCCUCGCCGAGGUCUCUCUCUCCGAGGAGCGCUUCGAGGAAGUGAAGGCGUACAUCUUCAGCGCUGCUGGCCUGGUUCAGUAUGAUGAGGAAGAGGAGGAAGCCAGCGACGGUGAGGGCCCUACGGCCUAUGUUCCUGUCAAGGUUACCCCUCUGCCCGUCGCUGAAGGGUGCCUCGUCCUCCCGUGAGUCCGUGGUCGGUUAAAUAAAGGGCCGUAUAUGAUUGCGAGCCCUGUGCUCUGCCGCUAUUUUCUUCUCGUUUGUGUCUUGCUGCUCUCGUGGUGAACUCGCUACUCCAGUACUCUGCAAUAUUAAGCAGAAGCUAUUGUAUUGUUUGGGUCGUUUGUCAGCUAAAUUGAAAUGCGAUGGACAUUUACUAGUA